UCAUCUUUUCUUUCUUUCUUUUUAAUAAUAAUAAAGACCGGCCCAAAAAAACCCAUUUUUCAUUCAUGCUAUUGCUCCUGAAGAAAAGAAAUCAGACUCCUUUCUUUUUCUUAGCUUUUUACUCUUAUUACAAGCUUUUGAUUCCAAUUUCCCAUCUGGGUAUUUUUCUUUUCCACUCAAACAAGAAGAAAAAGGGAUUUUAGUUUACUUGUUGGUUCAAUUUCUAUUGAUGAAUUCUGCAGAUAGUGAUUGUAAGGAAGGAGUGAGUUUCUCUCUCUAAAAUGAUGGACUCGAAGUCUCUGAGGUUCAUCACCCAUCAAGCUUUCUUCACGACCGUCCGAUCGGGCGACCUCGAUGCGCUGAAGAAGCUGGUGGAGGAGGAGCCGUCGGAUGGGUCGACGGUGUCUGAUCUGAUGGCGGUGCAGAACGACGUAGGGGAUACUGCCCUGUACAUGGCCGCAAAGAAUAAUCUGGAGGAGGUUUUCUGUUACUUGCUCAAGUUCUGCGAUGUUCAGACGGUGAAGAUCAGGUCCAAGUCCGACAUGGACGCUUUUCAUGUCGCCGCUAAGAGUGGCAACUUGGGUAUCGUGAAGGCGCUCUUGAGUGUUUGGCCAGAGCUUUGUAGAUGUUGCGACUCGACGAACACCAGCCCCCUUUAUUCAGCCGCCGUUCAAGAUCACUUGGAGGUAGUCAAUGCAAUCUUGGAUGCUGAUGUCAGCUCAAUGAGGAUAGUGAGGAAAAAUGGAAAAACUGCAUUGCAUACCACCGGUAGAUAUGGCCUCCUCCACAUUGUAAAGACGCUUAUAGAACGCGAUCCAGAAAUCGUAUGCGUCAAAGAUAAGAAAGGUCAGACUGCCCUCCAUAUGGCUGUAAAAGGUCAGUGUCCUUUGGUAGUAGAGGAGAUUUUGAGUGCUGAUAUCUCAAUACUGAAUGAACGUGACAAGAAGGGUAACACAGCUGUGCAUAUAGCCACGAGAAAAGGCCGUUCACAGAUUGUGAGCGUUUUGCUAAGCUAUACGUCAAUUGAUGUCAACGCCAUAAAUAGUCAUCAAGAGACUGCGAUGGAUUUGGCUGAUAAACUAGAAUAUGGAGAAUCUACUUUGGAAAUUAAGGAAGCUCUAGUGGAAGCUGGUGCCAAACAUGCCAGAUUUGUUGGCCAAUUGGAUGAAGCAAUGGAACUCAAGAGAACUGUCAGUGACAUUAAGCACGAGGUUCAGUCACAACUCAUACAGAGUGAAAAAACAUGCCGACGAGUUUCUGGGAUUGCAAAAGAACUAAAGAAGCUACACAGAGAAGCAGUACAAAACACGACCAAUUCUGUGACUGUUGUCGCUGUUCUUUUCGCUUCAAUAGCCUUCUUGGCUAUUUUCAACUUGCCUGGGCAAUAUGUACCUACUGGUCCAGAAGUAGGAAAGGCCAAUAUUGCCAACCACGUCGGUUUCCAAGUGUUCUACCUUUUAAAUGCCAUAUCUCUCUUUAUUUCUCUAUCAGUUGUUGUCGUUCAGAUCACUUUGGUGGCUUGGGAUACUAGGGCUCAGAAGCAGGUUGUUUCGGUGGUUAACAAAUUAAUGUGGAUAGCCUGCGCUUGCACUUGUGGGGCUUUUCUCUCUAUAGCUUUUGAGGUUGUCGGAAAGCAUGAUUCAUGGAUGGCGGCUGUCAUAACAUCCGUGGGAGUGCCCAUUCUUAUCAGCACUCUAGCAAGCAUGUGCUACUUUGUUUUCCGACAACAUUGUGGCUUCCACCGCGACUCGCAGAGGCGCAUCAAAAGGGCUAGCGGAAGCAAGUCCUUUUCGUGGUCAUACUCUGCAAAUGUAUCAGAUCUUGAAGAGUAUAACUCUGACCUUGAGAAGAUCUAUGCUUUGUGAACGUUACUAGAUAUCUAGGGAUCGUCCAUCUUCACUUGAUAUUUCCCAUCUUGGAUGUUGCUCUGUAUUUCAGCUUUAGGGUUGUAGUUAUCAGAUUUUGAGAUUACUCGAGGGGAAAGAAUAUUGGGUUUUUGCCUUUUGGCUAUGUAUGUAAUUCACAAGCAAAACAGCGAAUGUAGAUUUAUGUAAAUUUUAUAUAGAUUUCGAUAGUCUAGUGUAUCAGACGCACGUUUAGUUGUUCCAGUUACACAUGCAUGCAAUGCUAUAAUGCUAGUUGCAGUUUUUCCCUCA